AUGCUGAGCGGUGAUCGUCGCUGGCUAGUCCAGGAGGAGGACAUCGAGAUGGGAGCCCGGAACGCGACUAGCUCGAAGAAGCGCCAAUCGAAACCUGCCAAGGCCGUGACAUGGAAAAUCCCAGGCAUACUUUGCAUAGUGUCGUCCUGGACCUUGAAGGCUGAAAACUCAACGCGGCAGAAAGCCGGCAAGGCGGCCAAGGCCCUUCCGAUCGCUUUGCGUGGCUCUUCGAGAUUGGGCCGGGCACGCAGUACAUCCGAACGCGAGGAGCAGGAGAACAAUGAAGAGGAUCUGCCGGAAGAGGACUGCAGCAUCUCCGAUGUCGGAGAUGAUGGACUGCCGGUGGAAAGCCAGUCCAAGGAGACGGAGGGCGAUGGCGAUGGGUCUGACAAUUCGGAAGAAAGCUUGUCUGGAAGCGGAGACGAAGAGGAGGAGGAGGAGGAGGACAACGACGCCGCGCCCAGCCGCAAGACAGGGAAGGCGACGAGGACGGCGAGCAAUGCAUCCGCGGAAGCUUCACCCUCAAAGAAGUCAAAGUCAUCCAAGACUCCACGUUCAAGCGCUGACAGCUCCUGGGCCUCUGAGGCAGAUGGGGGCAAGCGCGCAGAGGCUGACGGAAGCGAUGAGGAAACCCAAGAUGAGGACGCAGGUGUUGACACAGGACGGCCUUCCCAGAAGUCUGGUUCAGACGAAGAAAGUGCGGCUGGAAGCGGAGACGAAGAGGAGGAGGAGGAGGAGGACAACGACGCCGCGCCCAGCCGCAAGACAGGGAAGGCGACGAGGACGGCGAGCAAUGCAUCCGCGGAAGCUUCACCCUCAAAGAAGUCAAAGUCAUCCAAGACUCCACGUUCAAGCGCUGACAGCUCCUGGGCCUCUGAGGCAGAUGGGGGCAAGCGCGCAGAGGCUGACGGAAGCGAUGAGGAUGCUGAUGUCCGAGAUGUGGACACCGGAGGAAACGCUUCUCGCUCCAAAGCCGAGGAGACACCUGCCCGGUCAAUGCCAAGCGAAGGGAUUUUCAAGGUGAAGGCUGCUGGCCAAACUGCCGAGCCCACGCUGGACGACGGAAUCUUGCCAAGCAACUCGCGACUCUCCAUUGAAGAGCUGGCGCCUACUGCUGCGUCUGCCGUGGAGAACACCACGUCGCGCAAAACUCCGCAAGGCCGCAAAAAGGCAACAGACGUUGCGACGAGUCAGGGUUCCGAGAAUGAAGCGUACCAGGGCAGCUCCGUGGAGAACGAGGACCUUUCCCUCGGCGACGAGGAGGACCUGGACCUCGAUUGGCCGGAGGCCGAGACCAAGGCCUCGGACGUCAAGAGCCGACAGGAGGCCAAGCACUUGGCCAGCAGCGCUAAAAUGACGAAGCCAGGUUCUCGUCGGGGGCAAGAUGCGACCAUCGAGAUCCGGGAGGUGAGCCAAAGUGCGGCCCCGGAACCUGUUGGGACAGCGGACUUUUCCGUGCAGGCUUUCGAGGAGACUGAGCACAGGCUCAGGGAGGACAUCGAGUCCCUCAGGAAGCUUGAGGAGGAGCUUCAGCUUCGGGGCCCGAAGGGAACUUCCCAACCAAAGCAAAGGAAAGCUCAGAAGGCAGAAGGCAGUUCUGCAUCUCACAAGCGAAGGAAGGGCCCUGCUGCUGCAGCUGCCGGCCAGCAGGCCGUGUCUCUGCUGGAGCUUGCUUCAGCCCCGGCGAGUGAGGAGGAGCUUCAAACAUUGCAGAUUGAGCAGCUUGCUGCCGCGCAGCGUGAAGUGGCCAUGAAGGCUGCUGAGGAAGUUGCUGAUAGCUCUGCUUCUCCGAUGACAGCAGAGCAACUGGACCGAACAAGGAGGGCGGCACUUCAGUCUGUUGAGCAUGCUGUGGCUGCGCAGGUGGAUGCGCAGGAAAGGCAGCAGACUGUGAAGGCAGGGGGAGCCAUGUCCGAGCUGUUUGCAGGCGUACAGUCGGACAGCAAGGCAAUAGCUUCGAAGAUGGCAAAGCAGCUUCAAGCGGACCUCACAGCGACCAAAGAGCAAGCUGAAAAAGAUCACCAGGUGGAGGAGCAAAAGGUGAGCGUGCUUCUGGAGCGACUGGACCAUCUGCGAAGCCAAUCGCCGAAGGAGUCCUCAGAGGACAUGUUGCUUUCGAUCUCUCGGGCGAAGCAAAUCCUGGAGCUGAAGGCACAGGUACAGUGGGACAGCCAGCGCCUUUCGAAGGAGAAGGAGGACGAGCUGGCCCUUAAAGUCAAAGUCAAGCAGUUGGAGGAAAAGCUUCGACGGCAACGACAUGCCUCUCUCCGCGAGGCAAGGCGAAGCAAGCCUUCUCACCAUAGAGCCUCCGCACAAAAAUUCGCCGUGGAUGUAGACCACAGCGGUCGCACUCUCGCCGUCGAGCAUGCUGAUCCAUAUUGA